AUGGACAUAACAAUGUUAACAGUUGUGCAACAAAAAGCUAUCCCAUGCAUCAUGCAGGGAAAAGAUGUACUUGUCAAGUCUCAAACUGGAUCAGGUAAAACAAUGUCGUACGCAAUUCCAAUAAUCGAACAUUUGCAGUCUACAGAACCUAAGAUAUCAAGAACUUAUGGGCCUUAUUGUAUUGUUGUCGUGCCAACAAGAGAGUUGGUUCUUCAAAGUUACAGCGUCCUUAUGAAUUUGGUCAGGCCAUUUGUGUGGGUGGUGCCGGGCUAUUUGAUGGGUGGUGAGAAGAGAAAAAGUGAGAAAGCAAGAUUGAAAAAGGGUAUGAACAUAAUAGUGACAACACCAGCUCGACUUGUUGACCACCUUGACAACACAUCAUCGCUAUCCUUGGAUAAUCUUAAACAUUUUGUCGUUGAUGAAGCUGAUAGGUUGAUGUUUGACAUGGGUUUCGAGCGUGACCUCUCGCAUAUAAUGCUUGUUAUUAAGAAGAAGUGCGGUCCUCAGUUGCAGACGAUACUUUUGUCCGCUACUCUCUCUCCCGGAGUUGAGAAGUUAGCAGGGAUGAGCUUGAGGCAGCCGGUUAGGAUUGACAUGUCGUCAAAUGAUCAGCAGGGCAACCAUCUGCCAGAUGGCAAAGUUGACGACGUGUUUGUUACUCCAUCGAGUUUGAAACACCACUAUGUCGUUGUGCCUAGCAAGUUGAAGCUGGUUACUCUUGCAUCGUUUCUUCUCUGGAAGUGCCAGCUAAGCAGCAAUCCGAGCAAAGUAAUCGUAUUUCUGGCCACACAAGAUUCCGUCGAGUUCCACCACACACUGUUGCAGACGACAUUCAUGUCCCCAGAAGAUGAUGAUGACGCUUGCAAGGAUUUUGAGCUUUUCAAAUUGUAUGGAAAUAUGCAACAGAAGGACAGAACGAAAAUCUUUCAGGAUUUUCAUGCAGCCAAAUCUGGAGUACUCUUAUGCACGGACGUCGCCUCAAGAGGUCUCGACCUGCCUAACAUCGGCUGGAUACUUCAGUACAACACACCGGGAUCGCCCACUGAUUACAUUCACAGAGUCGGCAGGACAGCCAGGAUGGGGUCGAAGGGAAACGCCCUUCUCUUUCUAGAACCUUCAGAAGUGGAGUAUGUCCAAGUCAUGACUCAGCAUAAUAUCGCAAUGCACGAAGUGAAGAUGGACAGCAUAUUGAAGACACUCCUCCUUGAAAGCAAGACUGGAAAAAUUAACCUUAUCCACAAACCAAGAACGGUUGAAGAUGCAGCUGCUUUCAUGCAAGCCCAAUUCGAAGAGUCACUCUGCCAGAAUAUGAACAUGAGGACAUUGGCUAGGAAAGCCUACCAGUCGUUCGUACGCUCGUACGCCACUUAUCCAGCUUCUCUUAAACACAUCUUCCACAUAAAAAAUCUUCAUCUCGGACAUUUGGCGACCAGUUUCGCUCUGUCAGAAACACCGAGUCGCCUUUCAGAAACUGUCAGAAAGUUUUGCCAGAGGGAGAGGAAGAUAUCGAGUAGGUUUUUUGGCUCGAAAGGGAAGAAAAAUUUUAAGGAUAGUAAAGGGAAAAAAAAUUUUAGGGAUAGUAAAAGUGAAAGAUUGCCUCAUUGGAUCGAUAAAAAAUUUGAAGAUAAAUUCGUCGGUCACCAGCCAUCUAAAAGGUUGGUUCGCGAGUUGAUUAAAUUUCGUUCUAUUCAUUAUUGUUUUUUUAAUUCCAAUUGCUGGAUAGUUAAGUUGAUGGCGUUUCAAUGA